AUGGAUUCGAAUUUGACUGGGCGAACAUCUUUGCCGCAGCCUGAAAUGGCUCACGCACCACAAUUGGACUCUGUACAACAGUUUAAUCCUCGUUUUAUGUUUCAGCAUAGCGAAGAGUUUGCUAAUCCCCAUCCAUUUCCCAAUCAACCUUCUCGUAAGUCUACUGAAGAUCAAGAGUAUGAGAUUCGAAAACUGGCUUCAGAGUUUGAAAACUGUUCUCUUGACUCGAUUGCUGAAAAGAUCCGAAUGGAUCCUUAUGGAGGAAAUGCCGAAAAGCUUCGCCAAAUUUUCGGAGUUUGUUGGCUCAAACAAUCCUGUGAAGACCAAGAAGAUGCUGCUGUUCAGAGAAACCAAAUAUAUGCCCAAUAUGUUGAUGCUUGCAACGUCUAUCAUGUGAAAACAUUGAGUUCCGCUUCUUUUGGUAAACUUGUUCGCAUGCUAUUCCCGACCAUUAAAACCCGGCGGCUUGGCACUCGAGGUCAUUCGAAGUACCAUUACUGUGGCUUAAAGCUACGUGGUCAUGAACCAUUUCGAAAGCACCGUCGCAUUUCCGAGUCGAGCGUUUCCCCUGACUCAUCUUUAUCAUUCACAAAAUCCCUCUCUUCUAACUUUGAUACCGAUGUCGGCCAAAUGGCUCCUGCGUAUCCUCCUCCUGUUGAUCCUGCUAGUACAACUCCUGUAACAUUUAAAGCCAGUGCUCCUCUUUCUGACCCGUAUACUUCUUCGUCGCCCCCAAUUUCUUUGUUAACUUCCUCCGUCAACACGCAACCGCACUCCGCCAGUUCUCCUAGACUAUUUCCCUCCCAGUCUUCCACCAUACCCACUCAACUUUCUCAUCAACCUGUCCCCUCGAACCCUGCAUUUUCAUCUUCUGUUCACCAUUUCACGCCUCCGUUCAAUCCUUCAAACCAAAGCCUUGGCCCGUCUAUGCAUUCAGAAGCCAAUCCCAAAUUUUGGUAUACUCAAAAUUCGGUGUACAAACUAAGGCUUAAGUUCCUACCACCUCAUAAACUUCCUUGGAUUCCUUCAUUAGAUAUAUCUUCCUUUUCACUACCUCCGAUUGAUUACUAUUUAAGUACCCCUUUUGAUAAUCAUGAGGCAAAGGCAGCUCUCAUGACGGUUUAUUCCUCUCAUUGCAUUACCCUCAUUGAGUCAAUACGUUAUAUGCAUUUAAAGCAGUUCCUUUCUGAAAUAUCUAGUUUUCCGGAUAGCCUUUCACCCUCUCUUCUUGCAUUGCUCGCUUCACCCUUCUUUUCCAGAUGGAUUGAGAAGUCGGAUAUGAUUAUGUAUCAGGAAAUAUUAAAGCUUUUGUUUCCCAUGACAUUACAAGUAGUACCGACUCCCGUCUUGGUGUUGUUGCGACAUUUGACUGAAAACCUUCUUAGUCAUAUGUCUAAUAUAUACAGCUCUCAUUCACCUUGCUUGGCACAAGUAAAGAUUGAGACUGCUGCUGCAUUCAGUAAUCUACUGUCCCGCCUUCUAAGGGUAAAUGAUACAGCACAUGCUGCAGCUAGAUUUUUGGCUAACCCUGCCGACCGGCAACUAAUUUGUAGCGAUUGGGAACGAUUUGUGAACACGAAGGUAAUCGUGUCUCGAGAAGUGAUGCAAAACGAUAAAGAGGCCGUAAACGUUCUUGACGAAUGGUUUUCUCUUCUUUCGACUUGCUCUAGUCCAUCAGAGCUUCAUGAUCCUUUAAAAGAACAGUCAAAUGUAAAUGAUAUGGCUAUGCAUAGGAUAGAGUUGCGUCAAAUUGAUGGGGUUUUGGACAGAAUGGCCGAUUUCUUUUUAGAACUGCCUUCGAGAUUUCCAUCUUGCUCUCCAAGAACGUUUUUACUUUAUUUGAGCGCAUUACAAACCAGUGUACUCCGGGAGAUUACAGUCGGCGGUGGUAAAGCAUUUGGUGCUUUAUGGGUGAUCCGUUGUUGGGUCGAUGAAUACAUGACUUGGGUCGCCGAAAUCGGCGGCUUUUUGGAUGAUGGCAAUGAUGAAGUUUCUAAUGUUCAUUAUCAUGGAAAUGAUGCCUUAUCGUCUGAGCAGUUAGCGCAAUCCUUGCAUUCUCGUCAGCACAUUCCCCAGCAAUUUCCUCAAAAGUUCCAAACCGAAGUGUCUCCCCUUCAUCCUCAGCAAGAACAACAUAAUAAGCCAACGGUGUGGGACGCCUACGAUAAUGUACAGAAGCAAAGGGAAGAAGAUUAUAUGUCUGUUGUUUUCGAUACGAAUGGUGCUUGUAGCUGA